AUGGUGGAUCCGCCACCAAACUUGUCGGCUUUGGCUUCGAUGGAAGCAGUUGCAGAGAUCUCUUCUCCGCAAAUUCAACCAACUUUGCAGCAGAAUUUGGACAAAGCUUCUUGGAAGGAUGUUGUUCAGAGUAACUCGGUGGCAAGAUACGACUUCACACGACCUACAAACAACCUUGAACCAAAGCCUCAAUCAUCCAGUCCACAAACCAAGGUGUCAAGUAAUCGAUCCGACACGGAGCAGCCCAUUAUUCAACAACACGAAGCUUCAGAACAGAGCAACUUGACACAGAGCAUGGUCGUGGAAACUGGACCCACGAUAAAUUUGGCUAAGGAAGUUGGAACUCCGCAAGCUGUCCAAGACUUGGAGACGGUUAUAGACACUUCUAAGACAGGGGAGGAGGAGAAUUGGCAGACGGUAUCACCUGGGAAGAUUGGGAGAAAAGAAACAACGGACCAAAUAUCACCAGUUGGUAUCUCUCCAUCAAUAUUUUCAGUUUUAGAGGAUCAAGAGGAAAUGAAUGAAUGUAAGGAUAAAGAAGAUGAUGAUCAGUUGGAAGAAGGGGAAGUGGUAAUUCAGUAUAAGGAAGAAGACAAGGCAUCCUCGAGCAGCGACAGGAACAAAUGCAAAAGGUAUCCCCCCUAA